GCUGGCCAGUACUGGACACACGCAGCCACCUCUAGGCCGCUCUACCUCAUCUUGGAUGACAAUUUUUAUUAUCAGAGCAUGAGAUAUGAGGUGUACCAGCUGGCUCGCAAAUAUUCCUUGAGCUUCUGCCAGUUAUUUUUAGAGUGUCCACUUGAAUGCUGCUUGCAGAGAAAUCGUUUAAGAAGUCAUCCGUUACCUGACCAGACAAUAUAUUUAAUGGCAAGAAAAAUAGAAAUGCCAGAUCUCAAGAAAAACGCUUGGGAACGGAACAGCCUCGUUCUGAAAAGUUUUGAUUGCACUUCAGAGGAUAACGAGCAGAUAAUUAGUUUGCUGGCCACUGCUUUGGAAAAUCCAGUGAAGCAAAAUGAGGAAAACACUGAGCAAAAGGAAGCAGAUCGAGCAACCUGUGCAGCUAGUACUGUCCAUCAGGCUGAUCAGACAUGCAGACGCAUCAUCUCUCAGACAAUGAAGGAUGCAAAAGAUAAAAAUGUGCUCCCAGGUGAGAUGAAGAGCCUGUCAGAAGAACUCAACAAACUCAAAGCAGAGUUUUUGGAAGACUUGCGGCAAGGAAAUAAUUUGAAAAACCAAAUUUGCAUACAAAGUCAGUAUUUUGACCCUGCUACAAGUGUAAUUUCUUCAUUCCAACAUAAGGCAACUAAUGUAGUUAAUAAAUAUAUUUUAAAAUAA